AUGGCUAAGAAGGGAUCUUUGAAGAGGGCUCCUGUUGUGGAAGCUCCUAGAAAGAGAAAGAUCGAAGAAGAAUCCGAGGAAAGUGUUGAAGAAUCUGAAGAUGAAGAAUUGAACCAAGAUGAUGAGAUUAAUGUUAAUGGAUUGAUUGAUGAUGAAGCUAGUGAAGAUGAAGAAGAAUACUCUGAAGAAGAAGAAGAAGAAGAUAGUGAGGAUGACUCAGAUGCUGAGUUUAAUACAAUGUUGGGAGAUGAGCCUGAAAAUAUUAGUGAUUUAGAAUCAUUAGAAUUUGAAGAUGAACCAAAAGAUAAUACUUCAAUUUCUGAUAAACUAUCAAAUGUCCAUAUUCGUUCAUUAAGUGAUGCUUCUGAUAAGCAAACAACAUAUAUUGAUGGUACACCACGUGUGAUCAAGCCAGAGAUUGAACCAGUUUAUGAAUCAGAUGAUAGUGAUGUGGAAAAUUUCAACACGAUUGGUAAUAUUCCAAUUUCUGCAUAUGAGGAGAUGCCACAUAUUGGGUAUGAUAUCAAUGGUAAGAGAAUAAUGAGACCUGCUAGAGGUUCUGCCCUUGAACAGUUGCUAGAAUCUAUUGAUUUACCAGAAGGUUGGACUGGGUUAUUAGACUCAAAUACUGGUGGUAAUUUGAACUUGACUAAAGAGGAAAUCGAAUUGAUUAGAAAAUUAGAAAUCAAUCAAUCCACAGAUGAUAGUAUCAAUCCAUAUGAACCAACUAUUGAAUGGUUUACCUCCAAGCAAGAAAUCAUGCCAUUGACAGCAACACCUGAACCUAAAAGAAGAUUCAUCCCAUCAAAACAUGAAGCGAAAAGAGUUAUGAAGAUUGUUAGAGCCAUUAGAGAGGGCCGUAUCGUUCCAAACAAACCAGCAGUGGAUGAAGAAGAGGAACAUAACUAUGAUCUUUGGGGUGAUGGUGCACAGGAUAAUGUUGAUCAUAUAAUGACAUUAAGAGCACCAAAGAUGGCACCACCAACAAAUGAAGAGUCUUAUAAUCCUCCAGAAGAGUAUUUGUUGAAUGAUGAAGAGAUUGCUAAGUUCAAUGAAAUGGAACCUUCUGAACGUGAAAGAAAUUUCAUCCCAAAGAAAUAUGGAUCAUUAAGAAAAGUUCCAGGUUAUGAAGAAAACAUUAGAGAAAGAUUUGAGAGAAGUUUAGAUUUAUACUUGGCACCAAGAGUUCGUCAUAAUAAAUUGAAUAUUGAUCCUGAAAGUUUGAUACCUGAAUUACCAUCACCAAAAGACCUAAGACCUUUCCCUAUCCGUUGCUCUACAAGUUAUGUUGGCCAUAAGGGUAAGAUUAGAACAUUAUCGAUUGAUCCUAGUGGGUUAUGGUUAGCUACAGGUUCUGAUGACGGUACUGUUAAGAUUUGGGAAGUUUUAACCGGACGUGAAGUUUAUUCAAUUAGAGUUGUUGGUAAAGAUAACGACGAAGAUCAUGUGGAAAGUGUUGAAUGGAAUCCUGAUCAAAGUACAGGUAUUUUAGCAAUAAGUGCAGGUGAACAUAUCUAUCUUGUUUCUCCUCCAAUAUUUGGAUUUGAUAUUGAAAAUACAGGUCGUUUGAAAUUAGAAAGUGGGUUUGGGUUUAAUAAAUUUGGUAAUGUUAAAAAGAAUGAUUUGAAUGUUAAUGAAGAUUCCGAUUUAGAAGAAGAGGCAGUUUCCAACAAGAAGGAGUAUGCCAGAUGGAUCAAACCAAGUGAAGAAAUGAUUGCACAAGGUGUUGUAUUAACAGUGGAGUGUCGUAAGACUGUUAAAUCCAUUUCAUGGCACAGAAAAGGUGAUUAUUUCGUUAGUGUUUCACCAGAUUCAGGUAAUUCAUCGGUUUUAAUCCAUCAAAUUUCAAAACAUUCUUCACAAUCACCAUUCAAGAAAUCCAAAGGUAUAAUAAUGGAUGUUAAAUUCCAUCCUUUCAAACCACAAAUCUUUGUGUGUUCUCAACGUUAUGUUAGAGUUUAUGAUUUAGCUCAACAAGUUUUAAUUAAGAAACUAUUACCAGGUGCAAGAUGGUUAUCCAAAAUUGAUAUACAUCCAAGAGGUGAUCAUUUAUUAGCAUCUUCAUUUGAUAAAAGAGUAUUAUGGCAUGAUUUAGAUUUACAAACUACUCCAUAUAAGACCCUAAGAUAUCAUGAAAAAGCUGUUAGAUCUAUCAAAUAUCAUAAAGGUGGGUUACCAUUAUUUGCUAGUGCGAGUGAUGAUGGUAAUAUCCAUGUUUUCCAUGGUACAGUUUAUGAUGAUUUGAUGACCAAUCCAUUGUUGGUUCCAUUAAAGAAAUUGAGCGGUCAUAAAGUUAUCAAUAGUUUGGGAGUGUUGGAUAUUGUUUGGCAUCCAAAGGAAGCUUGGUUGUUUAGUAGUGGAGCUGAUGGUGUUGCAAGAUUAUGGACAACUUGA